CAUGCUGGGGGUUAAGGGACAUCAGGGAGGCUCCGGGGAGGGUUUGGAGCACAGUUGAGAAUGGAGAGAAAUCUUGAGAGGAUCCAAAUCAGAAGAAUCAACCCGGGUGUCCUUCUUGUAGGAAGUUUCUGUUUUGUAUCCAAUUUGGCAGGAGGGAGAGUGGAGGAAAUGUGGUUUAGCCAGAGGCUGGAGGUGGGGGCUGACUUUCACGCAGUGUCCUGGCCUGGUGGGAGGGUACUUCCUGUAGAUGACCUCCUGUUUUCCUCACCACCGCCGAAGUCUUCACCCCAUUUCACAGACAAAGGAGCCGAGGCCCAGAGAGAUGAUGGGAAGCUCUCAUUUGAAGAAUUCCAGAAUUACUUUGCUGAUGGGGUUCUCAGCCCUGGGGAGCUGCGAGAGCUGUUCAGUGGUGUUGACGGGCAUCGCGCUGACAAUUUGGAAACGGAGAAACUGUGUGACUACUUCUCUGAACACCUGGGCGUCUACCGGCCUGUGCUGGCGGCACUGGAGUCGCUCAACUGUGCUGUGCUCACUGCCAUGGACACCACCAAGCUGGAGUAUGAGCGGGCCUCCAAGGUGGACCAGUUUGUGACACGCUUCCUACUGCGGGAGACGGUGAGCCAGCUCCAGGCCCUGCAGAGCUCGCUGGAGGGGGCGUCAGACACUUUGGAGGCCCAGGCCCAUGGCCCGCGGUCAGAUGAAGAGAGGGUGGAGGUGCCGAGCCGGCCCCGAGGCAGCCGGCGGGCAGGGCGCAGGGCCCUGCGGAGUGUCAGUCGAUCGUCCACCUGGUCUCCUGGCUCCUCCAACACAGGGCAGAGCUCCGAGGCUGAGAUGCAGUGGCGGCUCCAGAUCAACCGCCUCCAGGAGCUCAUCGACCAGCUGGAGUGCAAGGUGAGCGCGGUGCUGGGGGAACUGUCUGGAACCCGCACAAGCCAGGCCCACACUGGGGGCCUGGCCCAUGCACUGCAUCCCUCACAGGCCCCCCGGCUGGAACCCCUGCACGAAGAGGAGCUGACCAAGGGGCCCAGCUCGCACAUCCUUGUGGCCCAGAGGCAGGUGCAGGUGGCUGAGGAAGCCCUGCAGGACUUCCGCCACGCCCUGUGCUGCUACGUGGACUUCACGGGGUCCCAGAGCCACUGCCUGCAUGUGUCUGCCCAGAAGAUGCUGGACAAGGCUUCCUUCACCCUGUAUGAGUUCUGGCAGGACGAGGCCUCCUGGAGAAGGCACCAGCAGUCCGCCUGCAGUAAGGCCUUCCAGCGCAUCCUCAUUGACCAUCUGCGGGCUCCAGACACCCUCACCACUGUGUUCUUCCCAGCCUCCUGGUGGAUUAUGAAUAAUAACUGAGCCUGAUCUGCACAAACCAAGGACUCCAGAGCCCUGCCUGCCUCCUCCUGGAGCUUCCGGACUGGUCAGCUCCACUCAGCUCAAGACCAGGACGCUGCCACCUCCGUAAUUGGGGCCCGGCUCUCAGCCUCCCAGAGCCAGCUGGUGGAGAGUCUCACAGCCCAGGGAUCAGAGACUGGGCUGCUUCCUUCCUCUUUCUUUCUUUAACAGUGUGUUUUAUUGCUUAUAGCUUCGGCCUCUGAGAUACUCUGGUAUUUGUCUGGCCUCAGGAGGCCUGGAUUCUGGUCCCCUCUGCCCCUGCCUUGCUGUGUGACCAGGGCAGGUCCCUUCCCUCUCUGAGUUGGCCUUGGGCUGUCUGGCUACCUAGUGGGUGCCUGCUUUCUUCUUGCUGUCUUGGGACCAGGCUUCUGCUCUUCCGCAGCCAGACGCAGGGCCAGGGCUGAUGCUCAGGAACUGUCCUCCACCCCCUGCCCCCAACCUCGAUCCCCAAGACUGGGCUGGAUCAGUCUGCCGUGUGGGCAAAGGACGUGGGGGGCCCCACCCCCUUCCUGGGCCGGCAGGCUCCUGACGAUUUCAGCACCUGUGGCUGCACCAGAGCCCUCCGGAGGAUCCUGGAUUGGUUUGCAUGUUAUUUGCAUAUUAUUUGCAUGCUCAUUCCCACCCAUAGUCAGGGCACUAUGGGAAGCCCCAGGGUGACCUUGCUAGGUAGCAAUAAUUUGGGCCCAGAGUCACCUGCUGCCCCCAGAUACCUCUGAACCCCAGCCCAGAGGCAAUAAAGGCAGUGGUCACCUCUG